AAUAUGGAUUAAAUCUAUAGAAUAGGAUAUCGGUGAUAUUAAAAUAGCCCUGCUUAUCUGUAUCAGUCUGAAUGUGUGUGUGCGCCAAUACUGCAUCGAUCACAUGACGUCAGUAAGUGUGUGCUUGUUCUCCCUCCCAGCGUCUCCCAUCACCACUCAGCCGGUUCUGAUUGCGGUCCAGCGUCCGUUAACGCAGACGAUCAAACCCGUCACGUACGCUGUGGCGGCCCCGGUCACGUCCUCCUCGUCUGCGCAGCCGCUGAUGCAGACGGUGCACGUGGUGCACCAGAUCCCCGCGGUGGCCGUCAGCGCCGUGGGCGGGGCCAACCUGCAGCCCGCCAUCAAAAAGGAAACGCUGGAGAACGGAGAGGAGGUCAAAGUGAAGGUAGAGUCGGUUCCCGGCAUCACUCACGGCUCUAUAGGCUCAGCCAGUAGGAUCAUUCAAAGCAGCUCUGCAGCCACGACCCUCCAGACGGUUACCAUAGUGCAACAAGCCCCAUUGGGCCAGCACCAACUGCCAAUCAAAACCAUCACCCAGAAUGGCACUCAUGUAGUGCCCAUUGCCACGGCGAUACAGAGCCAGGCUAACGCAGGUAUUCAUGCACACAUCUAUUAUCAAUAACUUUCUCUUCUUUCUAAUCAUCUUCUUUUUUUGGUCGUUCCCCCUCAUUUCGUGACUAAAGAAGUCAUUAAAGUUGGUGGACGUCAUGGGUAUUGCAGAAUUCAAAAUGACAUUUCUAUAUUCACUC